GUCAUCUCCGCGCGACGAUCGAGUCUUCCAAUUUCGCCAUGGCCGAAUCUGAGUCAAAAAAAGUGAUCAAGUUAGUUCCUGAGUAUCUCCUGAAAAAGAGGAAAGCAUACCAGGCUAUUAAAGCCACACAAGCCAAGCUUGCACUGCUUGAGAAGAGAAAGGUAUCAAAAGGCAAAUCAUUAAAGUUCAAGCGUUUAGAAGACCUUUUGAAAGACAGUCACAAGAAGCAUCGUGAUGAAACUCGCAUCCGCAGAGGCGAACACAGGCCCCCUGCCCCUCUGCCUCCUGCUAAGAACAGGCUAGCCUUCGCCGUCCGGAUCAGAGAAAUUAAAGGUGUCAGUCCUAAAGUGAUGAAGGUGGUCCAGAUGUUGAGGCUGAGGAAGAUCUUCAGUGGGGCCUUUGUCAAAAUCAACAAGACCUCUGUAGCCAUGAUGAAGGUGGUGGAGCCCUAUGUGGCUUGGGGAUUUCCCAACUUGAAGUCUGUUCGUGAGCUCAUUCUGAAGAGAGGACAGACCAGGAUAGGCAGGAGGAGAGUUCCUCUCACAGACAAUGCCUUCAUUGAGCAGCACAUGGGUAAACAUGGCAUCAUCUGUUUGGAGGACAUGAUUCACGAGAUCUACUCGGUUGGUAAGGCCUUCCGGGCUGCCAACAACUUCCUGUUGCCUUUCAAGUUGUCAGUGGCUCGUCACGCUGCCAGGGAUAAGGCUGGGCUCCUGAAGGACCUGGGAAAGCCUGGGUUUCGUGAUACAGACAUUAACUCUAUCAUCAGACAGCUGAACUGAGGAGAAACGCAUCCAAUGUGGACACUCCAGUUAUUUCGAGAAAGCUUUUGUUCUUGAGGAGCAACAGCCAAUGAUGUCAAAAUAUGUUAAAAAUAUUUUUGGUUUCUUUGGCAGUGAAGCUCAUGGGAGUCCCCCAGAGUCAUUUCUCAUACAUUAAUCUGUACACCCACUCUCUGGUUACACUUACUCUCUAACUGCAACUGCUGGGAGACAUCAGAAGGACCUAAAGUGGAGACUAUCGUUAUCCAUGUUGUUUUUUUGUUUUGCACAUGUUUGAAAUACAAUAUCAUGUAGUGCCCCCUCCCCCCCGACCAUGGAUUAAUGGAAGCAGUUAUGCUCUUUGGUAAAAAUGUGUAACAAUAUUUUGAAUCACUCGUGACAUGUAAAAUAUUGUCAAAAGGUGCUUAGUUGUUACACAAAAUAUUCCUCAAUUUGUCAGAAGAAUUGAUCCCUACUUAUUACCUAUGCAAGGACAGUCAUAGAAUAAUUAGGACGGCUUGUCCUGCAUGCAGGAGCAACCAGCCCAUCUACAGCUAGCUCAUUUACUGCAUUUAGUAGUGUUCAGUGUGGAAAGGUGUGAAGUCUGAAAAUCUGUUAAACACUCAUUCAUUGACUUAUGAUUCACUGUUGAUACACUUUGUUUUUACAAUAAUAAAAAAAAAAGAUCCAGUA